CUAUCAAAGAUGGCGAAAAGAGGAGAGAAAACCAUUGAAAAUGAAAUUUAUAUUAUUCAAGAAGGAUACGCUUUUACUGACACUGAGCAAAGAUUGCGAGCAACAGGGUCAAUUACUUURGUAAAAACUAAAAAGCAUAUUAUUCUAGUGGACACAGGCAGCCCAAGGGACAAAGACAAACUUUUAGAUUCCUUGGAAAAACUCAAUAUUAAAUUAWAUGAUGUUGAUCACGUGGUAUGYACUCAUGGACAYGUAGACCAUGUUGGUAACUUGAAUUUAUUUCCAAAAGCUGUUCACAUCGUUGGCAAUGACAUUUGYUAUAAAGAUGAUGUGUAUAUGGAAAAUUCACUUCAAAAUGGGGAACCUUUUGUAUUAGAAGAUGGUCAAAUUGAGAUCAUUCCUACAGUGGGCCACACWGGAGARGACAUAACUGUUGUAGUGUACAACACAAAGCAUGGAACUGUUGCCAUUGCUGGGGAUUUGUUUGAAUGUAAGAAUGAUGAAGAUUGCUGGAGGGAUUUUAGUCAGUGURUUAGUAAACAAGAAAAGAAUAGAGAUAUAGUAAGGCAAAUGGCAGAUUACAUUGUACCAGGACAUGGAACCAUGUUUGAGACCAAAAUCUAGUUUGAUAUAAUAAUAAAGUCCAGAUAUUCUCUCCAUUAA